AUGAGGUCACUUGAUGGCAAGGUGCUCAGAUACAUCCCCGACCUCUACUGCAGUACUACUACACAUAGCCGCCUCCGAGGCGCUGGUGCGGCUGCCGGGCCCCCCGCGAGCGCCCGGCGGGGUGGAGCCUUCCCUGCGGGCUCCAGCUCCGGCUUGUGCUCAACUGCUACGACUCGCUCGAACUUUGGGGUUGUUUUGAAAGGAAAGAAGCGAGAGAAGGCAGCGGGCGGGAGUGGGGAAGGGGGGGGACGGGACGGGACGGGACCGGCCCCCGAGGUGUUUCGGGCACUGUGCGCUGGGCAGCGCGGUGCCCCCUCCGACACCCCCGAGGCCGCUUUUCCUUCGCAGCGAGCGGUGCAGCAUCGCCCCCCCCCCCACCUCCUCCCCAACCCCGCAGCGCUGCCGCAGAGCCCGCACCCAUCCGCACCCUCAAUGGGACUCCGCACCCACCUCCACCCAGACCCCGCAGCCGCCCCCAUCGGCACCUCCACUCGGACUCCGCACUCACCUCCAUCCGCACCCGUCCCCAUCCACACCCCGCACCGCUCCCGCAGCCGCCCCCAGCCGGACCCGUCCUCAUCUGGACUCCGCAGCCUCCUCCAUCCGGACCCCCACUUGGACCCCACACCCACCCCCAUCCGCACCCCGCACCGCUCCCGCAUCCGCCUCCAUCCGCACCCACAUCCUGCCCUCAUCCGGACCCCGCACCCACCUCCAUCCGGACCUCCUACUCGGACCCCCCACUCCAAACCCGCACUCGCCGCCAUCCGGACUCCCAUCCGGACUCCGCACCGCUCCCAUCCGGAUCUCCAGCCGGACCCCCGCGCACCCCCCUGGACCCGCAGCCACCGCCACGCGUUCUUCCUGACCCGCAGCUGCCCUCGCGAGCCCCGCAGCCGCUCCCAUCCGGACGCCGCAGCCCCCGCGCCUGCCCCGCAGAUGGAACGCCCACCGCGGCGCCUGCGCACGCACCCGGCCCCGCAGCCGCCGCCCCGUAGAUGGAACGCGCCCGCCGCGGCCCCCACACCCCUCCCCCGCCCCGCCUCCCCGCAUCCGCUCCCGCACCCCCUCUGCACCCGCACUCACCCGGCCCCGCGGCCCCCACGUACCCCCCGGCCCCGCAGCCGCUCUCGCACUCCCCCCCCCGGCCCCGCAGCCCCCGCACUCACCCGGCCCCGCAGCCCCCGCGGCGCCUGCGCACGCACCCACGCACCCCCCCCCCGCCCCGCAGCCGCCUCUCCGCAGAUGGAGCGCGUCCGCCGCGGCCCCCGCACCCACCCGGCCCCGCAGCCGCUCCCGCACACACACACCCCCGGCCCCGCAGCCGCCUCCCCCCAGAGGGAGCGCUCCCGCCGCGGCCCCCACACCCCCACUUGGACCCGCACCCACCCGGUCCCGCAGCCCCCGCGGCGCCUGCGCACGCAGCCCCCUCCUCCCCCCCCCCAUCGGCCCGCAGCCCCCGCACCCCCGGUCUCCGCCGCUCGGGUGCGGUCCCCGCGAUGGCGGGCCGGGCCAUGCCGCGCCGGGCCACGCCGCGCGCUCCGCACUUCCCACCUCCCGCCGCCGGCGGAGCUGCGGCCGCCCCUCUCUCCGUCUCUCUCUCUCUCCCCCCCCAUCCCCGCCGCGGGCCCCGGGCACGGCGCGGAGAGCGGCGCGGGGCCGCGCUUACCCUGGCGGCGGCGAUCGACGAGCUGCCCGCGCCGCUCCCGCCGUUGCAACAAAGAACUUCCGCCCCCCGCGCUGCCGCAGCGCCGGCUCCGCCGCGACCGCACGGGGCCGGACCCCUCCCCUCGGCGGCCGCGGCUCCCGGCCCCGCCGCUGCCAGCGCUGCUGCGUCGCCGACAGCGCCGGCUCCCCGCGCCGCAAGCCCGGCCCCUCCGCUGCCCCCGGGCGCGACAUGCAGCGGGGCAUCGCCCGGCAGCCGCGCCCCGGCCCCGCAAACGCCGUCUCUCUCCCUUCAUAGAAUAG